GGCCAUUUCUAUGUUUAUCGCGUGCGUGGAGAGAGUGGUUGCCCCCGGUCGCAUGAGGGGUCAGUCAAUUAUCUCACGUCUUUCUCCAUUUUGCUCAUAAAUCCGCGCGUCUGAGGCCUUUAGCUUACCAUCCGAGUGACCAUGAGGACGAUAUGAAGAGUGCCGUAAUUAGCCCCUGUUUCCAUCCCUGCUCUGCAUUAAACCCUCAAAACUCGCCCAGGCUGGGGGCUUCGCGCAGGAGCUUCCGUGGUUCUAUGAGCGCUAGUACGGUCUCUAGGCAAGGCCUCAUUGCCAAGGACUGCGCGCGCAGGCAUUAUGGCCAUGUGCCCAGGGGCUUAUUCGGCAGGAAGAGACCUAAAACAAGCGGAGGGAGUUCAGUGCUUAAAUAUGUUGGAACAUCUGGUCGAUUUCUCAGACCCGGGACUUUCGUUCUCAGUAUGGCAGAUCAUGAGGAGGGCAGCUCGCAUAAUUUAGACAAGUCAAAGGAAAAAAGGGUUCCCGUCUUUGUCAUGAUGCCAUUAGACACUUUUGGAAUAACUGACUCAGGGAUUGGAAAGAUAAAACGACUUAAGGCUUUGUCCGUGUCACUACGCGCGUUGAAGUUGGCCGGUGUACAUGGGGUUAUGGUUGAGGUUUGGUGGGGAGUUGUUGAACGCGUUUCACCUUUGCAAUAUGAUUGGUCAGUCUAUGAGGAUCUGUUUAAGAUGACAUGUGAUGCAGGCCUAAAAUUGCAUGUAGUCUUAUCAUUCCAUGCAUCCUUGUACCCCUUUUCAAGUCCAAGAGCCAACAUCAGCCUUCCACUAUGGGUUGUAGAGAUUGGAAAUAUGAAUAAGGACAUCUAUUACAGAGAUAGACAUGGUUAUCCUAGCGACGAAUAUCUGUCGAUUGGUGUUGAUCAAAUACCUUUGUUCUAUGGCCGAACAGCUGUUGAAUGCUAUGAAGAUUUUAUGUUCAGUUUCAUAGAUAGAUUUCAAACACUUAUGGGAAAUACGAUUGAAGGAAUUACCAUUGGCCUUGGUCCAUCAGGUGAACUAAGGUACCCUGCACAUCCAUUUUAUGAUGGCAGAUGGAAGUUCCCGGGCAUUGGAGAAUUCCAGUGCUAUGAUAAAUACAUGAUGGAGGACUUGAAGCAAACUGCAUUUCAGGCAGGAAAGCCUGAAUGGGGGUUCACUGGGCCACAAGGUGCUGGUAGCUACAACAGCUUUCCUUUGGGGGAACCAUUCUUCAAGGAUGGACAGGGAACAUUCUUGUCAGAUUAUGGACAGUUCUUCCUGGAGUGGUAUAGUGGGAAGCUGGUUGAGCAUGCUGAUUGUAUCCUUAGUAAAGCUGUUAAGGUAUUGAAGACACACCAAAGAGAUGAACCAGACUCAGUUUUAUUAGUUGCGAAAAUUGCUGGAAUACAUUGGUGGUAUCAUACAGAGUCUCAUGCAGCAGAGCUUACUGCUGGGUACUAUAACACUGCCUACAGGAAUGGUUAUGACUCGAUAGUUGCAGUCUUUGCAAGACAUGGGACAGCAAUUAAUGUUCCUUGUUUGGAGAUGCUUGACAGCGAACAGCCAGAGAUCUGUCAUUGCAGUCCAGAAGGUCUCCUUAAGCAGAUAAGAGAAGUUGCAAUCCAAGGAAAUAUACCUUUAACUGGUGAAAAUGCAAUUCAACGAUUUGAUAAGGAGGCGUUCUGUCAAAUUGCGAUGAAUGCUUACCAACGUCCACAAGUUAUGAGAGCUUUCACAUAUUUCCGAAUGAGAGAGACAUUAUUCCGGGCUGACAAUUGGAAAUCUUUCGUGCAUUUUGUUAAGCUGAUGUACAGUAAGUCUCAUGAUGGAGGCUGCAAUGGCAAAAUGUACAGUAAUUUAUGCAAAGCAGGAUGAUGUCAUAGACAUGCCAAGGGUUGGCUCAAUAUUCUUUCUAUAGCUAAGGCUAAUGUGUUAUUUAUAGCACCAUGUUCCGUGUAUAUAAUAUACUUUUUUUUUA